CCUCCUCCUCCUCCUCCUCCUCCGGCGGGGCGGGGAAGUUUCUGGCACCUUCUGGCGGCGGCGGAAGCGGCCGGAGCCGCCAUGGCCAAGUGGGGCCAGGGGGAUCCCCGCUGGAUCGUGGAGGAGCGCGCGGACGCCACCAACGUGAACAACUGGCACUGGACGGAGCGGGACGCGACCAGCUGGUCCAAGAGGAAGCUGAAGGAGGUGCUGGAGGGGCUGGUGGUGGAGGGCGAGGCCGGGCGGUGCGAGAUCGGCGACCUCAAACACGUGGAGGGCGAGGCGUCCUGCAACAGCCGCAAGGGGAAACUCAUCUUCUUCUACGAGUGGAACCUGCGCCUCAGCUGGAAGGGUACAGUGAAAGAGUCUGGUGAGAAACAUAAGGGAUCUGUUGAAAUUCCUAACCUGUCAGAAGAAAAUGAGGUAGAUGAUACAGAGAUAAAUGUCAGCAAGAAGAAAGGGGAAGGUGACGUUCUGAAGGACCUGAUGAGAACUGAAGGAACCACAAAAGUCAGAGAGGCCCUGAGAGAUUACCUGAAAGCACUUAAAACAGAGUUUACCUUGGGAAUGAUUCUGCCAACAAAAGCCCCUGUUGGUCAGGAGCUGCCCACGGAGCGGAAACCAAGUGGGAACACCGUGCAAGACUCUGUUUCACCACAGUCUCUGGAUACAGUUGGAGUAAAAAUUCCAACAGUGAGGAUACUUAUGAGGGAAAUGUUCAACUCUCCAGCUGAUGAACUUUACAGCAUCUUCACCACAAAGGAAUUAGUACAGAAGUUUUCCAAGUGCCCAGCUGUGAUUGAAGCAGAGAAAGGAGGCAAACUCCAGAUGUUUGAGGGCUGUGUCAGUGGGGAAUACACAGAACUGGUCCCAAGCCAAAGAAUUGUCCUGAAGUGGCGGUGUAGGAGUUGGCCUGAUGAACAUUAUGCAACAGUUGCCUUGACCUUCCAGGACGUGGCGGCUCAGACGGAGCUGCAGCUGGAAUGCAAAGGAGUCCCCGUCUCCGCCGAGGAGAGCACCAGGCAAUGCUGGAAGAAGCAAUAUUUUGAGGAAAUACAUCUUUUACUGCAGCAGUCCCAAGACAGCAUGGAAUGAUAACAGCACUGUAGUUUUGUUAGGGCAUUACUUUUUAUACUUUGUUAACAUUUGGUUUUCUAAAAAAAAAAAAAAAAAAAAAAAAAAAGGAAAAAAAUAGUAAUUUAUUUGUGGGAAGAAUAAAGACCCACUUCUAUGAUACUGUAUAUAAUUUAAACAUUAUUUAUGGAUUUUCAGUGACUGAGGAGCAAGGCAGACUAUGGAUAUAAACAGCUUUUCCUGGGGAGACUGAUCUCUGCUCUGCUUGUCUGCAACCUCAGAGAUAAUAAUGAGAUAAUAAUGAUUGAGCUGCAGUCAGGACUGUGGUAGGACUCACACUUCCAGCAGAGGUAGGUGAGCUACACCAAUCCACAGGAAGCAUUUCCAGUUCCUUAAUAUUCAGUGAAUGGAGUGGCAAAAUUCCUGCAGGAGAUGGUUCCCAGCAGAGGUGAGCCCAAAGGGAUUAUCAAACUGCUGAUCCAGUAGAUCUUUCAAAAAACGGGGGGGUAUCAUUUACAGCCUCUUCAAAUACUUUGUUAGAUUGUUUUAACUGCAGACAGAUUUUGUUUCUGACUGCAGUUUUAGGGAAAGACAAUUAACAAUGUCAUGUAAUUAUCAAGUCUGCAUGCACUGUACUCCCUUCCUUGACCUCAGUGUGACAUUUAUUUUGGAAGCAAACAAACAGCACUAGUGCUUUCUGCAGUUCUGCAAGCCUUCCACUUCAAUCAUUUAUGGCCCUCUGCAAUUCUGUACCUCAAAUUAAAGACAACAGCUGUCAGAGAAUUUUGACAGGAGCAAAGCUGGGAUACUCAAACCAGCAAGGUGAGCAAGGCUAACUUAGUUCUCAGAUGCUUUAUAAGAAGUGUACAAAUCCAAUAUGCAAUUUGCAGCAGACCACAAAAGGGCUGCCUUUGGAAAACGUGCUUGGCUCAAUAAAAGAUGUGACUUUA